GUCACAUUCUCUGCUGUAUGCUAUUAAACAUGCCACUCCACAUAUUAACAUUUGUUAGCCAAGAGAACAAAAUUCAACAACGCGAUAUACAUUGUUUAAUGGUUUUCUUCGGAGUUAUUGGCAGCUACAUUCUGAGAGAUUACACGCAUGUUACGAUUACGGAGAUGGUAGCAGGAUGUAAAAGUGUGGGCGAGGAUUGUCGUACAUAUAGCUCCCCUAUUGACGUUAAGUUAAGUUUGCGCACUUAUCACCCUACAAUUUGGGAUCGAAAAAUAGUUUACGUUUAUAGGACCGGGAAUUCACAUGGAGCAAUCGUCAACAAAGUGCCAUACUGGCCUCCUUCUUCUUAGGCAGCGCUCUUAGUCUUAUACCUGGGAGUCUUUGGAUCGACAAGCAUGGAGGUUAUAGGGUUUUUUUAUAUGGACUAUUAGCAUCUUUUAUAAUGGCCUCAUUUCAAGACAUAAUUAAAUUCGGCGGCUGGUACUUUUUUUGCGCUUUCAGAUUCAUAAGCGGAUUUGCGCACGGACCACUGCUUGUAAGUGCUUCCAAUAUACUUGCAAAAUGGGUACCCAAAGGAGAACAGCCACGAGCGCUGCUAUUGGUAUUAUAUGCGGGCCCACUAAUCGGCGGAAUCAUUGCGCAUUUUGGAGCGGCGAUAUUAAUUACGGUCACAAGUACUUCGAGAGCUGUAUACUACUGUUGGCUAGGGUACAUUUUGUUAUAUGCCGUAUCAUUAGUCAGCAUUAGUUACCCCAACCCAGAGUCGCAUCUACGAGUGACGCCCGAAGAGAGGCAAUUGUUGAACCAAAUUGGGCCAGUGCCAUUAUUUCGAACUGUGUUGAAGAAAGGUUUAUGCGAUAUGCAGACACUUGGCAUUAUUUGCGGAUGGAUCGGGCACUCCAUUACGAACUUAUUUGUCAAUGUCAACCUGCCGCUGUACUUACGGAAGGUUCUCAAAUUUAACAUUCUGGAAAUUGGGAUCAUUUUUGCCGCCUUCUAUGUGUGCACAGGAGUUGGAAUUCUUAUGGCAACCAAAGCACAACGCUCUCUCACGAGAUGGAUUUCUGUAGUUAAUGUUAGGCGAUUAUUUAUUAUUAUCGGAAAUCUGGGGCCUUUAAUUUGUUUACUGUCAGUCUAUGCGGGAUGCGCCCGUAUCCUGGCAGCCUGUUUAUUCACUCUAAAUGGUUUACUUAUCGGACCAGCCCUCGUUGCCCUUAGAGCCAGUAUAUCUGAUCUAACAGAAGACUACGAAAGCAUCGUAACUGCAUGGGUUAUCGGAGUUGGAAGCUCAAGUUACGUUAUUGCUCCCAAUUUUAUUGCUGAACUAGCAAAUACUAAUGCCCUCUUAGACUGGCCACAUGUGUUUUUGGUAUUUAUUAUUGUUGUUGCUUGUCUGACGGCAUGUUCAGUGCUAAAGUGUUCCCAAGAAAGAGCUGAUUGGACUCAAACUUAG